UCUUUUAUUCACAAGAAUUGAAUUGACUUGAAGAAAAAUAUCUCAUGGGCAAAAUUAUCUUCUCGAUUCGUAUGUUAUAGUCUUCUCUAUCAAAGCCCUCUCCUUGACUAGCAGUUUGCAGAUAGUUCUCGUCAAGGUUCGAUCUCGAUAUUCAGUGUAUUUUUCUUGACUAUCUUUGUUUUAUCGUUUCUUGCUUCUACUAUCUGCGGACGCCUCGAAUUUUUCAGGCACGAGGAUGGAAAGCGAGUAUCUUGAGCUGUACAAAUCAGUGGUUAGUGAGAUCAGCAAAGGGAUGGAGCAAGUGAAAGAGUGUUGUUCCAACAAGGAGCAAGAUGGAUUUUUGGAGAGAAUGUUGUCUUCCCAUGAAGAGGCUCUAUUGAUUCUUACGGGGCGUGCUCCACAGGGACAAUGUCAGUCAGGGAUAUCAUCGUUAUCAGAUCCUCCCGACUCUCCAACUGGAUCCAAAGAUGCAAGAAGCCGUUUGUGGAAAAGGGAAUACUUUAAGAGAAGAAAUAAAAUUGUCAAGAUUGAGGCAUCCUCUGAUUCUGAACUACCACACGAGGAUGGAUAUGCUUGGAGGAAGUACGGCAAGAAAGCUAUCCUUAAUGCCAAAUAUCCAAGAGGCUAUUAUAGAUGCAUUCAGAGUAAAACUUGUUUGGCUAAAAAACGAGUACAGAGGUCAGACGAUGGGACUGUAUUUGAGGUCACAUACAAAGGACAGCAUACAUGCCCAGGCCGGGUUCUCAAAAAGAAAAAAAAGUUCAUAGAAGCGGAACAAGAGGGCUAUGAUGGGUAUGGUUUGGAUGGCACACUUACUGGAGGGAAAGUUUUAGAAGGUAGUCUUUUGUCUCGCAUAUUUGAUUGUUUGUUGCCUUUGGAGUUGCUUGACGAGAUCAAGAAAACUAAGUAUUUGUUAGUAAUGAGCUUGAUAUCGCUCUUUUUUCAAAUUUUAAAUUCUUUAGAGUGUGAGUGGUGUGAAAAGUUUUAUUUUGUAAUUAGGAUUGAUUGAAUAUUUAGAAUUGAU